AUGAAAUAUAUUGAGGAUUAUGAUCCUGUUAAUGUGGCUAGGUGCGAUUCUAAGUGCGAUGGAUAUUCACCGAUUGAUCAGUGCAUGGUGAAUUGUUUAUCCGAGAACUACACGAAGCCUGGCAAUUGUCCAGAGGAGAAUUCGAUGUCUCCAUUUGAAGCAGCUUGCUUGGAGGCAUGUGGAGAUGAUUCCCAAUGUCCAGAUUUCACGAAAUGCUGCACGAAUGACUGCGGUGUCACCUGCAUGAUGCCAACAGGCCUAGAAGAUCGUGAUGAUAUUCCACCGAUUCCUGAGAACAUCGAAAUACGACGUGAUAAAACAACGAUGGUGACCCUCAACUGGAGUCCCACCAAGAGUCCAGUGAAAAUGACAAAAUUCAAUGAAGAUUUAAUAAACGAUGAACAAUCGAGUAUCAGAUAUCUAGUUGAGGAACGUCACGUACUGGGUCCCCGAUACUUGGAAUCACGACUGAGUUCGUGGUCUGUGCGUCACGUUUCCAGCAAGCCACACGCCUCCAUCAGGGCUGAAGUCAAAACUGGACACUGGUACCAAUUCCGAGUGGCAGCGGUUAAUGAGAAUGGAUCCAAAGGAUACUCAUUACCAUCCACUCCCUUCAAGACCGCAGCACCGAAGAAUCCCCGAGAGCCCCGGAAUUUAUCGCUGAGUGGUGCACGUGUCCAACCAACGACUGGAAAUCUGAGAAUUUUUCUCAGGUGGAGGCAGCCAUCAUCCGACGUUCCCAUCACCUUCUACAAACUCUUCUGGAGUCGAUUUAUUCGGGGACCACCUAACGACUCAAUUCUGGUUCAUCAUCAGAGUCUUCCUAAGGAGAAAAAUUGUUAUGAAAUAAAAAAUCUGGAGAUCGGCUUUCAAUAUUUCCUGCAAGUCCAGGCGAUAUCGCUGUAUGGAGAUCGUCGAUUGGCAUCCCGAAAGGCGUCGAUCGUCUUCAACAGCACGGAUUACGAGAAAUACGGUAGGGAUGCGACAGAUAGCGGAAUCUGAGGGACGU